AUGUAUGUGGAUCCCCAGAAGAAUAAUACGAUCAGAAAACUCAGUCUUCCUGGGAUGAUUAAGAAAGAAUUCAGUCAAGAGGAUAAACAUGGGGGAUUCGGAAGCCGUGGACAAGGAUCGGAAGAGGAACACAGACAAGGACAUGGACAGGGACAGGAACAAGGGCAAGAGCAACAGGACGCAGGUGGCAAGGAGGUUGCUCAUCUAACGAUGCAAGAACUCAACGAACAUGUACGGGAGUCGGAACGAAAUAGAUUGGCUCACCAGCAGCAACAGAGGGAACUACAAGAGGAGCAUGGAAGCGAAGCAGAUGAAGAGACAGAGAGAAAGAGGAACUUUAUACUGCGUGGUAGAAAUACGUCUGGGAAAUAUUGUUUGAACGAUUUUCAAAUUUUAAGGACUUUGGGUACAGGUUCAUUUGGCAGAGUACACUUAGUUCGUUCGAAUCACAACGGCAGAUUCUAUGCAUUGAAAGUUCUGAAAAAACAAACAAUCGUGAAACUGAAACAAGUCGAACAUACGAACGACGAGCGCACGAUGCUGUCCAUUGUGUCUCAUCCUUUUUUAAUUAGAAUGUGGGGUACAUUCCAAGAUGCUGAGCAGGUUUUCAUGGUAAUGGAUUAUAUCGAAGGUGGUGAGUUAUUUUCCUUGCUACGUAAGUCGCAGAGGUUUCCCAACCCAGUAGCGAAGUUUUAUGCUGCUGAAGUUUGCCUGGCGUUGGAGUACCUUCAUGCGAACGAGAUUAUUUACAGGGAUUUAAAGCCGGAAAAUAUUUUGCUGGAUAGAAACGGCCAUGUAAAGAUAACAGAUUUCGGUUUUGCUAAAUAUGUACCAGAUGUGACGUAUACUCUUUGUGGUACACCCGAUUAUAUUGCUCCGGAAGUGAUAAGUACCAAACCGUACAACAAAUCUGUCGACUGGUGGAGUUUUGGAAUAUAUAUAUAUGAAAUGUUAGCUGGUUAUACACCGUUUUAUGAUGCGAACGCAAUGAAAACUUAUGAAAAUAUUCUAAAUGCCGAGUUAAAAUUUCCCUCAUUUUUUCACCCAGAUGCUCAAGAUCUACUUUCGAAAUUAAUCAUGAGAGAUUUAAGUAAAAGGCUGGGAAAUUUACAGAAUGGCACCGCAGACGUCAAGAACCAUCCGUGGUUCAGUGAAGUUGUUUGGGAAAAGCUGCUAUGCAGAAAUAUAGAGACACCUUACGAACCACCAAUCCAACAGGGUCAAGGUGAUACUUCACAAUUCGAUAGAUAUCCUGAAGAAGAGAUAAAUUACGGUGUUCAAGGUCCAGACCCUUAUGCUGAUCUGUUCAGAGACUUUUGA